AUGAAACCCUCCGCGUCGUCAACAUCUUCGACAAGGUAUCGCGCCCAUGCUCCUGGCGCUCCUCCGGACAUCACCGACCAGCCCCGCUCGUACUCUACGCGGAGUAGGGGAUCUGGUAUAAGACAUAUAGGGGACCCCCGAGAUCAAGAAUAUGAGUAUUCUUCCGUUGGUACUCUGCCCGUCACGGACUAUGGUCCGUACGAUCCACGAAUAUAUGGUCAUUCCGUAGAGCAUCAAGCAAUAGAGCACCAUUCUUAUCCGAACGGUCAUUACCAUAGUGCUCCCCCGCCUGUUCAAGGAAUCCCGCCCCACCAAUACGAAUACGCCCCUCAUUCUUCAUACCCAAAUUCACAUAAUGCACAUCCUCAAGCCUAUCCUCCCCAACACCAAAUCACAUACCCAAAUUACGAGUCACAUAUACCUCAUCCUCAAUCACUCCAGCAGCAUCCAUCAUACACAAGUUCCCAAUCCUUAACACCUUAUUCCAGUGGGUAUUCGCACCACCCCCAUUCACAUCACCCAUCAACUUCCCGCUCAAGUGAUUUGUCUCAAUAUUCGUUGUCCCGACAGAAGAGUCAAAGGUUUAGAAUUGAGCAAGAGGGGGGGAAUCUUAUUGUGCUCCCUUCCAAGGAGGCACCCACGCCCUCCCAUUCAUCUCACUCAUCAACAUCUCUCUCUUCUCCUGUUUUCUCGCCAUUAGCUCUUCCUGCUCCCCCCGGACCCUUAAAACCACCCACCAAAAGAUGGCCGCCUACAACUUAUCAAACCGGGCUCACCCCAAACGAAGCCAAGGUUUUUAUCAGUGAAGGUGCGCCUACGUUUCAAGGCGAGCUUCGAGAGAUUACAAACGGCCCCAGGGGACAUUUUCAUCUAUUUGCAUUCGCCGGGGAUCAAUGGGAUGAAGAAUCAGAUACUGCUGCUUUUCAGAGUGACUCUUUCUGUGAUAUGAGUUCAAGCCCAGAGGGAAAACAGACUGAUGCCUUAGAGCGCCCAGCUAUGGGGCAUGCAUUUGGAAUUUACCCAGGAACUGUGACAUUGUCGUAUUAUGUUGCUAGUUUCGGGAGUACUUUUAGAGGCUCGGAGGUGGCGGCUCGGGGGAAGGUUCGAAAGCUAACCAUGCUCUAUGUCCUCGAUCGAUUACGAAGGCUCCAAGAGAAUGGUGUUGAAGAGGACCCUUAUGAGCUUCAUCACCAUCUCUACGAGAAUCUGCUGCAUGAUACACGCAAAUAUGAACACCCACAUACCCAAUUCUCGCUCGACACCCAGAUUUCGGAUCUUGUCGCUGCUUUGUGUCGCCCGAGUUGGGUGGACUUUUCUUUGAUUGAAAACCAGACAAUUGCUCGAUUCCUCUCAGACCCAACACCUGGUGUGGCGAAUAGCUUCUUUCAUCAGCUCCUCCUAUCAGUAGAACUGUACCUAAGAAUUAAUGCGAGGGAUAAAACUAGCAUGGCGUUGAAACCAUUAGCGGAUAUGCCGGAGAAGAUCAGAUGGGAUUUGAUAUUGGCGCAACGAUGGCUUGAGAAUGUUGAGGUAGAACCUCCCAAGACUGUCAAAGGUCCCAACGGCAAGCGCCAAAAGUCGAACAUUUCGUUCAAAUUUCCAAACAAGAAAAAUCAAAUUGAGGCAUUACGUAAUUUUGCCUGGACGCUCAAAUGGCCGAAUAUGCACGAAGUUGAAUAUACACUUUCCGAAGAGGAUAACCCCGAAGAACUUCUCGAGGAUAAAAGCAACAAUUGCAUGUCAUGGUUUACAGGGCUGCUUCUACCCGGAAAAUCAAUGUCAUGGGUUUUGAUGAAUGCACUCACAGACUGCGAUCCUGACGUACCGGAGGAUUUCCAUAACCUCUCACCAACAACACCAAAUAUUGGUAUGCAGUACCGAGGGCAUACAUAUUGGUCAUGGGAAUCCAUAGUUGGGAAAGUCCUUGGAGCUGCCUUUGGGGUAUCUCAAAUAGCUGGUUGGGUUGGUCCAUGUGCAGCAUCCGCUGAUCUUGAUCGCUCUGAAAUGGCCGUUAUCAACCAGGCACCCCCACGGGGUAACCGUAUCACACCAAGUGAUGUCCGUGCUAUGGCUCACAAUAGUGAUCCUCUUGGAGGACAUCAUUCAACAUACCUCGUGGAUGAUUUUAUCCUUCUAGAAGCACAUGAGGAAGAUGCAGUUGAUUCAAUCAGGAUAGAACGUCUUAACUUCUCGCCAGCGGCAUGUAAUCCAAAAGGAAUACACGCCAUCGGUCACGGAGAGAAUGGUGAGGUGGAAAAGAAGCCUAUCGUCAUAUUCGAUGCAUCAAUAACCUUUGCAAUAACGGUUGAUCAUCGCGCUAGAUCGUGGAAGGUGUCGUUACGAUACGAUACUCCGUUCAUAGCCGCAUACCCAUGCCAAAGUGGCCCACAUGUGUUAUUCUGUGAAUACCGAUACCGAACGGCGAGAGUAGAUACGCUGGUAGACAUACAAAACUGGGGUUCUUCGGGAGGUGAUAAUGAAUCGUCGCUGGAUGAUGAAGAGAGCGAGAGUAAUAUGGGGGUUGAGGGAGUACUUGUUGUGGAAGCAUAUGGGGUGACCGAUAAUGAGGUAUUUGCAAGAGCUUGGUGUGCAUUUUGGGGACUACCUGCCAUUACAGCGGAUAUCAACAAGACAUGUGUUGCUUGUGCCAUCCGAGAAGCGUACGCGGCGUUGUUCUGGUGA